AGAAUGGGGAGUGAUUGGAACCAGAUGAUGUCUCAAUAUGGAAGCUUCCUUAGCUAGAUUGACGAGCAGCCUAUCGGAACACAAUAUUCUGAAUUUCCAGUUGAUGGCCAACCCGAGGGCUCAAGAACACCAGCUGUUACUAAAAAACCAACUCAAAGAACUAAGCUAGCAAACUUCACUGCUGAAGAGGACACAAGGGUAUGCCAUGCAUGGCUUGCUGUUAGUUGCGAUCCCAUUAUUAACACAGGGCAGAAACGUCAAGGAUUUUGGAGUAGAAUUACUCAAUCAUACAACUCAAGACGAGGAACAUUGCCAGAAAGGUCCACAAAAUCUUUGAUGAGUAGAUGGGAUACUAUCAAAACACAGUGUUCCACUUUUGCUGGAUACAUGAUGGCAGUCCUCCGACAGAAUCCUAGUGGACUCAGUGACGCAGACAAGACAUCACUGGCAGCUUCUAGGUUUGCAGCAAUUGAGAAGAAGCCUUUCCACUUUUUACACUGUUGGGCCAUUCUUAAGGACCAACCAAAAUGGAUGGACAACCACAUGGGUCAACAACAACAGCAAGCCAACGCUAAUCCCACACAUUCUAACACUGUCGAUUUGGAUGCAGAAGAAUCUGUACCAUCAAGCUUCACAUCCAAGAGGCCACUUGGUCGAGAUUCUUCGAAGGAAAAGGCAAAGAGGACUAAAUCUGUGGACACAUCUUCAUCAGAUUUUGAGUUUAUGACACGCAUGGGUGAUCUUUCUUUGGAGCGCCUGUCAGUGUACAAAACAGCUGUUACAACUGAGGAAAAGAAGUUGGAUUCAAUGAACAGAAAUGAGAGGCAGAAAUUGCUCCUUGAAAAGAAGAAGUUGAACCUAGAGAAAUUAAGGCUUGAAAGGCAGAAACUAAAGGAGGACAAGGAAGAGGAGAUAAUGAUCUUAAGCAUGGAUUUGAGCAAAUGUAACCCUCUACUCCGCCAGUACUAUGAAGCCAAGCAACAAGAGAUACUGGCAAGGGUUACUGGGUCUACUUCAUCUGGCCAGUGAAGGUUCCUUACUUAAUAUGUUUGUUUGUCAUUUAUGAAUGAGGCGUACUCGGACUUGUUUCUGUGAGCUUGCUGUCGUCAGACCCUAAUCUGGUUUGUACCAGAUUUUGUUAGGUCGUCUUUGAACUAUUUGUUUUCAAGUUUUUGUUUUCAACUAUUUGUCAUGGUUUGUACCUGAAUGUUUUACUAUAUGUGUUCAACUAUUUGGUUUCAUGAACUGUGAGCUUGGUGCAGUUUUUGCUUUCAAGUUUAUGUUUAACAUGUGGUUGCAUGACAGUAGUACUACUUGUUAUUGAAUUGAAACAACAACAUGAGACACUACGACACUUCGACACUAAGACACAUAGUACACACACUUGAUAACAACAGACAUGACACUAAAACAAACAGUACAACAAUGUAAAGUAAACAAAGACAGUUCGACAGUAGAUAAGAACAGCCAUGACACAACAUGUUUCAUUGCGUCCUAUGCAACUCCGGAUCCAUGUCGCGCCAGUGAUGGUGUAUCAGAUCUACCUGAAGCUGAGUAUAUUUGUUGCGGUCUUUCAGUUGGUUGUACCUUUGAUUGACGAAGUCGUUGCGCUCUUCCAUUGAACCUUGAGUUGUGUCUGCCAGCACUCCGAUGUUUUCAAAGGUUGUGUUCAAAGACAAUGGACCUUCGUCUUCUACUAUCAUGUUGUGCAAUAU